CGCUCCUCCCGCCCGGAGUCUCUCCCUCCGCCACGAUGAGCAAAUGAGCUCGAGUGAGGGCAUGAAAUUUAAAUUCCACUCAGGGGAGAAAGUGCUGUGCUUCGAGCCUGACCCCACCAAGGCGCGAGUCCUUUACGAUGCUAAGAUUGUCGAUGUUAUUGUUGGCAAAGACGAAAAAGGCAGAAAGAUCCCAGAAUAUCUAAUCCAUUUUAAUGGUUGGAACAGAAGCUGGGAUAGGUGGGCAGCCGAAGAUCAUGUGCUUCGAGACACAGAUGAAAACCGUAGAUUACAGCGCAAAUUGGCAAGAAAAGCUGUAGCUCGCCUAAGGAAAGGAAGAAAGAAGAAGCGCUGCAGGUUGCCUGGUGUCGACUCUGUUUUAAAAAGCCUCCCGGUUGAAGAAAAAGACGAAAAUGCUGAAAACUCAAUAAGCAGUUCUUCUGAAGACAGUAGUGAAGAAACAGAUGAGGAAAUAAGAAGUGAAGAAAGCGAUACUGAAGAAAAGACUGACGUGAAAGAAGCAGAGCUGCACACAAAAAAGGAAAUGGAAGAAAGGACGAUAAGUAUAGAAAUUCCUGAAGUUCUGAAGAAGAAGCUGGAGGACGAUUGCUACUACAUUAACAGGAGGAAGCGGUUAGUGAAACUUCCAUGCCAGACCAACAUCAUAACUAUUUUGGAAUCCUACGUGAAGCAUUUUGCUAUCAAUGCAGCCUUUUCAGCCAGUGAGAGACCUCGUCACCAUCAUGUUAUACCACACGCCAACAUGAAUGUUCAUUACAUCCCAGCAGAAAAGAACGUGGACCUUUGUAAGGAGAUGGUUGACGGAUUAAGAAUAACCUUUGAUUACACUCUCCCAUUGGUUCUGCUCUAUCCGUAUGAACAAGCUCAGUAUAAAAAGGUGACUUCAUCCAAAUUUUUCCUUCCAAUUAAGGAAAGUGCCACAAGCACCAACAGGAGCCAGGAGGAGCUCUCUCCAAGCCCGCCCUUGUUGAACCCAUCCACUCCGCAGUCCACGGAGAGUCAGCCUACCACAGGGGAAGCAACCACACCCAAGAGGCGCAAAGCUGAGCCAGAAGCCUUGCAGUCUCUAAGGCGGUCCACGCGCCACAGCUCCAACUGUGACAGGCUGUCCGAGAGCAGCGCAUCACCUCAGCCAAAGCGCCGGCCCCAGGACACGUCUGCCACCAUGCCCAAGCUAUUCCUGCACCUGGAAAAGAAAACACCUGUGCAUAGCGGAUCGUCUUCCCCUAUUCCUCUGACUCCUAGCAAGGAAGCGAGUGCUGCUUUUGCUGGCUUUGAAGGGAGGCGGAAUAAUGAGAUAAAUGAGGUCCUCUCCUGGAAACUAGUCCCCGACAAUUUCCCCCCAGGUGACCAGCCGACUCCACCCUCUUACAUUUAUGGGUCACAACAUUUGCUGCGGUUGUUCGUAAAACUUCCAGAAAUCCUUGGAAAGAUGUCUUUUUCUGAGAAGAAUUUGAAGGCUUUACUGAAGCACUUUGAUCUCUUUCUGAGGUUUUUAGCUGAAUACCAUGACGACUUCUUCCCAGAGUCGGCUUAUGUUGCUGCCUGUGAGGCGCACUACAGCACCAAGAACCCCCGGGCCAUGUAUUAAAUGUUUCGAUGGCCCAGAAGAACUGUCCCUGUUUGGCUCCACACUGCCCACUCCAGGUGAAGGAGGAGACAGCAGUGGGGCUUCUUUGCAGGCAGAGGACAGAGCCGCCUGCCUUGGGUGCUGUGGUAGAGACAGGCCCUGUGAUUUGAGUUGCCCACAUACUGUAGUUGUUCCUGUUAAGAAUUACUGCCUUGGUGCCGGACCAGCCUCUGACAUCGGAUGCUUGAAACUGCGCAUGUCACCUGUGAAGGCGGGCAGAGAGCAGUUGUGUCAGCUGAGUGACAUCACGUAGUCCACGGCAUCUUGGUUGGUUCAGGGAAAAGUUAGGUGUUGCAGUUAUUUGUUAGCAAUAAACACAUUUUUUAGUUAUUUGUUCAUGUUAAAAUGAUUUGCAAACUUUCGUUUUUGUGAUGAGACUGAACACCUCUGUCCAAGAAACUUUAUACAUGGAAACUGCCAAUAAGUCACAGAGUAUCUUAGAUGGAAUGAAUCUGGAUGGCAAAAGAUUUACAGCUACACAUUUGCCUUUUAAGGUUUCUUUUCUGUAAAACAUUGUUUUUGGUGAGCUAAAUAAAGUGUUUCCCACCUUGUUUGAGAGAAAUAUCGUACCCAGCAGAGUUUUUGCAGCACCCUUAUCUUCUCUUAUUUUGUUUUUUUGUUUUAUCUUUGUGCCUUUUUCUAUUAUUUAUUUUUGUGUCUUUUUUUUUUAAUUAAGAUCUUUGUUUUCUUUCUCUUUUUGAUUUUUGUCUCACCUGGAGGCAUUCCUAGGAGUUAGGGGGCCCACCGUUCCCUACUGGUUUGUCAUCUUGUUGCCACACCGUGUGCUAGUCUGGGGCCAAGGCCAGUUUAUCCUCCUCCGUUAUCAUCAGCUAACUGUCUCCCAAGUGACCCUUCUAAUCCUCAUCAUCCUCCCUCCUCUGCCACCUCCUUCCUUUGUGGAAUGUUCCAACCUUUCAAAUCGAGAGCAGCUAAUCUGGUGAGCAUGCAGUGUGCUUUGAAUUGUUGAAAAAGUUUAGUCAGUAAUUACUCACGGCCUGGGAAAAAAAAACAGAAAAAGUCUUCCUUUUUAAGAAUAUGCUUGUUAAAUAUCCCCAGUGAAAUAAGUACAGACUGUCUCUUUGAACAUUUAUACUGUUAUAUACCUUGGGGUUAAAAUUAAUUUAUUUUCUAGUAAUAAAGUAUUUUCUUCCCCCAAAGACAUUUCUUAAUCACAACUUCCCUUAAAAUUUUGAAUGUGUAGCUUAAACAGAAAAUCAAACCCACUGCCAUCGAGUCGAUUCUGACUCAUAGCGGCCCCAUAGGACAGAGUAGAACUGCCCCAUAGAGUUUCCAAGGAGCGCCUGGCGGAUUCGAACUGCCAACCUCUUGGUUAGCAGCCGUAGCACUUAACCACUAUGCCACCAGGGUUUCCAUGUAUAGAUAAGUUGAUUUAAAUAAUGGUCUUUCUUCAAAAUAAAUAUUAUCCUUUUAUUUUAAAUUGUUAAAUUUUCUGAAUAGUUUCUCAGAAAAAUUUUAUUUAAAAGUCUGGACAGUCCUUAUAAAAAUGACCAAUAUUUCCCCUUUUGGCUUGGUUCAAGCAGAGCUGUUUGGGGUCCAGAUGACAGAAGUGACACAGAGCUUCACAAUUCUCUGGCUUCAUGAGGUCUGAAGCUCAGGAAAGUUGAUAUUCUCAUGGUGGCACCGUCAUCACACUGAGAGCAGCACGUUUCCUUCAGGGAGCUUUAGAGUCAGCCCCUCCACCGUCAUCCCCCUUCUCCAUCCCCUCCAAGUAGUUUCUAAGGCAGUGGGAAAAUUUGGUGGGCUACAUGGGGACUAUAGCUGGCCAACCGGUUUGUGAUGAUUUCCAGAAAAAAAUGGGCCUGUCUUAGGUUUGUUCCUGCUGGGGCAGGUGUAUAGGGGGAUGAGCAUCUUUUUCAUUGUUCCGAAUUGUAACCCUUCCACAUCUUGGAGUCUGCAUUUGCUUCCUCUUGCUGCUUUAAGAAAUUACCACAAUCUUAGUGGCUUAGAACAACACAAAUUUAUUAUUUGACCAUUCUGGAGGUCAGAAGUUCCACAGGAAUUCCACUGGGCUGAGAUCAAGGUAUUGGCAGGGCUGCAUUCCUUCUGGAGGCCCCAGAGGAGAGAAAUAGCACCCAGGAGCACCUACCUAGAACAGCAACUGUGUGGAUGUGGGGAUUGGUCCACCACUGGCCUGGACUUACUUCCCUCUAGGGAGAUAUGCAAAGGAAGGGUUUGGAAGAGGGCAGGCUUUUGGCCUAGGGGAUGGCCAAGGUUUCUGAGGAGGAAAGGAAAAGCAAAGGAAGGAGGGAUCUGCUUCAGAAACAGGGUGGAAGAAUUUACGGGAGUGGGGUACUCUUGCUGGGUGAGGUGCUGUGUAAGCCUCCCCUUCAUCUCUGCAAGAGACUGCCUGAGUGUCAACCAUUCACUCGUCCUUUUGUGGGGAAUGGGUCACCCGGCUGAAAGUGACCUUCAGGUGGGUGGGGAAAAUGCAAGGGCAGCCUCAAGAGUCAUGACGGGAGCUUCAGAUAUACUCAGCAAAAGGGAUCCAGAAGAAGCCAGACACAAAAGACCACAUACUGUAUGAUCCCAUUUAUAU